CCUCCCUUCCGACGCAAGGAUCCAUGUAAAAUCAGAUCCACAUUGGAAUUCCUCGCCGCCGCGGGACGCACCCGCCAAGCAUCAUCGCCGCCGUGGUGGAGCAUCGCCACCCACCUUAACCGGGUGCCGCGACCGCCAGAGCCGCGCUCCUUUGUCCGAACGCCGUCGCCGCUGCGUCCAGGAUGAUGCGCCUCUCGCCACCUCCGCUGGUCACAUGCCGUCACCCGACGGUUGCCGAGCAACACCGCCCGGUCGCGAGAUUGGAUACACGGCGAGAACUCUACCAACCACGCUUAAAGGAUAAGAAGAAGAGUAAGAAACUGCGCCGACUUCACGAUACCCGCCUCCACCCUUCUCGACUCCAUCCGCUCUACUCAUCAAAUUCAAGGGCCGCAAGCAACCUGGCGACCAUGGCGUCCUCCGCCCCGGCCGCCCCCGGGUCCGACCGCACCGCCAUGCUCAAGGCCUUCGACGAGUCCCGCACCGGCGUCCGCGGCCUCGUCGAGUCCGGCGUCACCACCGUCCCCGACCUUUUCCUCCAUCCCGAUCCCUACGCAUCCGUCCCUCUCGCUCCCCCCGGCGUCUCCAUCCCCAUCGUCGACCUCUCCCUCCCCCCGCCCCUCGCUGCCUCCGCAGCGGCGGCGGCGGCCCGUGACUGGGGCUUCUUCCACCUCGUCAACUACCAGGCCUUCGUCCCCUCCGACUACCCGGCGAGGGUCCUCGCCGCGGUGCGCGCCUUCAACGAGCUCCCCGGCCCCGAGCGCGCCGCGCACUAUGGCCGCGCCAUUGGCGGCGGGGUUUCCUACUCCUCCAAUGUAGACCUGUUCCGGUCCCCGGCCGCGAGCUGGCGCGACACCAUCCAGGUGGGGUUCGGCCCGACGCGGCCCAACACGGAACUCAUCCCGCCAGUGUGCCGCUCGGAGAUCGUCGAGUGGGAAGCGCACACCACCGCGGUGGCCCGUGUCGUGAUGGCGCUGCUCUCCGAGGGCCUCGGGCUCGGGGACGCGGCCCUGGAGGAGGCCUCAUGCCUAGAAGGGAAGGUGAUGGUCUGCCACUACUACCCGGUGUGCCCCGAGCCUGAACGCACCAUGGGCAUAGUCCCACACACCGACCCCGGCGUGCUCACCGUCCUUGCGCAGGAUGGCGUCGGUGGCCUGCAGGUGAAACACACCAACGAGGCCGGGGAGAGCUACUGGGUGGAUGCAAAGCCUGUACCUGGCGCCCUUGUGAUCAAUGUCGGGGACCUAUUGCAGAUAAUGUCCAAUGAUAAGUACAAGAGUAUAGAACACAGGGUGGUAAUGAAUUCACGUGAAGAAGCCAGAGUUUCAGUUGCUGUCUUUUUCAAUCCUGGGAAGCGUGGGGAGUCAAUUUUUUACGGGCCAUUGCCAGAGUUGUUUUCUUCGGAAAACCCACCAAAGUACAGGAGUUUCACCAUGUCUGAAUUUUUGGGGACCUUCUUUAAGCGAGACCUAGCUACCAAAGCUCUAGUUGAGCACUUCAAAUUGUAAGAUUAUUCAAAUGCUGUAACCAUCUCCAUGUCAGUGAUGUGCCGUGAUAAUAUGAGGCAAUUAUACUACCUUACAAAAGUCAUGUUUAUUUCUAAUUCUGGUUUUUAUUACUGUGCAUUAAUCAUAUUAUUACUGUCUCAAUGUGCUGGCUUAGUGUGCCUGCAAAAUUUCUUUCCUAGUCAGCUUGCACACAAUGCUUGCUGAUAUGCUGUUUCUUCCUGUAAAUUUUGACAUAUUUAACGGCAUGUAUAUCUCAAGUGGACCAAAAUGUACAUUAUAUGUCCUUUAAAAUAAUAUGUACAGUA